GGAAAAACGAUGAAGGCGAGGGACAGUCAUUCCGCGACAGGAAGAAGCAAAAGAUGACGGAGGCACGGACGAUUGCUGUUCAGCAGUCUGGUUCAUCAUCUCAUAACAAUGUUACGGGGAAUGGCACGUCCAAGUCAGCGACUGGCGUAAGGUUCGACAGCAUGCAAGGCCUUCCAAGCGCGAUCGACGUGGAAAGAUUCACCGAGGCGCGAGCUUUCGAGAUCUCUGCGAUGCAGACGGCCAUGCAGAACGCAAGCGAAAGCUCGACGACCCGCGUCUGGCAAACCCUCCCUCGUCAUCUGCGUCGCAGAGCAGCUAGCCACGACGUUCGACGGGUUCCCUUACGCCUGAGAGAGAGAGCACGGCAAGAGAUGGACCCUGUCAAACGCAAAGCUCUCGGGCGCUCUCAGCCAAAACGCGGCAAAGGAAAACAGAUAAGCCGAACGGAGUCGCUCCUUAAGCGUCAACGCGACAAGAAGUGGCUUGAGACGCAUUUAUGGCAUGCAAAGCGUAUGAAGAUGGAAAACAUGUGGGGUUACCGCCUGGCCGUCCACCCGAACGAGAAAUCCUACCGCUCGUCUCACCGUGCAUCUGUCCAUGGCUCUAUUAUUCAUGACGCGUCAUAUUACAACCUCAUCCAGCUUGAAGGCCCCGAGACGCCCCUGCUUUCCAUCCUCGAGAACUGCUGCGAUCCCCAGGGGCCAUCGCUCAAACGCGGGAAAAGCGGCUCCCGAACCGUAGACACGCAUAUGUACAAACACGCAGCGUACCCACUCGAUCUCAUCGGCCCCGUUACCAUCAUUUGGAAACCUCUUUCAACCUCCCCCGCCUCCUCAGCUGACCUGGAAGAGUCAUCCAAGAAGCAGAAGCAGAAGCAAAAAGGGAAGCAGAAGCAAGCUUCAAACACUGUCUCUUCCGCCUCUACCUCUUCGUCACCACGCAUCGUCUGGAUGUGGUGCCAUCCCGCCGUAUACCAAGAUGUCUUCGAUGCCUUACACAAGGCGGGCGAACACGUCGUCCAAGCUGCGAACGCCAGGGGGAUUGUAGAGGGCGCGCACUGGCAGGUGCAGAUCUCGAACAUUUCGGACAGCGUCAACGUGUUUGAGAUUAUGGGACCCAAGUCGAGCCAGGUAAUCAAAGGUGCUUUAGCGCUUGCCGGAGAUGAGGAUAGGGAUGAGUUUAAGAAGUUCUGGGCCUCCCUAAACGACCUUCAGACGACUGGAUCACUUGCGCGGGGUAUGGUUGCUGGCUUCAAGGUUCUCGAUCCGCGUCUCAAGUUCCCUCCGAAGAAUGCCAAACCGACAGCAGGGGCGAACACCUCGCUGGGAAAGGAUGACCCAUGUUUCUGCUUCCCGACGGCCAAGCUCGCUCAGAGCGACAUAUGGGACGAGUCGGCACGCAAAUCGCUUAAGAAGCCGAAGUACAAGAAAAAGGAUCUCGACGAGCGGCGUUCUAAGAACCUCAUCCCGGGCACACCCCUCCGCGCCCUCCGCCAGGACGACCGCGUCCCGCUGCUGCUUAUCCAGCGCUCCGUGCAAAACCCCGCGUCCAUCGCCUCCGCCUCGCUCCCCAAAUCCAACUCCGCCUCCGGCUCUAUCUCAAACCUCGGCCUCGGCGGCACCUCAUCCCGCACGAGCACAUCGCACGCACAGGAAGACUCGGCCGGCAUCCACGGCUGGACGCUCGUCAUCCCCGCGGGAUGGCCCAUGGCGUUUCUCAGCGCCCUAACGCACACGGGGACGCGCGUCGGUGCGCAGCGCGAGCGCGCGACGCAGGCGUUCGAGGCUGGGACGCCGUAUUUCCCGAGGGACUAUCCGUGUACGGGGUUCUACGAGCAGUUCGCGAGCGAGAGGGAAGCGAAGGAGAGGGCGGAGUGGGAACGCAAGCCGCCUGCGAAGAGGGUGAACUUUGACAAGUGCGGGACGCGGAGCGCGUGGAGAGCGGAUUGGGAGGUUGUGUUGGGGCUCGAAGCUCCCAAGGCGCAGGACAACGCUUGGGACAAGGGGAAGGGGCAGGACCUCGUUCCUGCGCAGCGCGACCCGCCUGCUACAGCUCCAACGCAACCUUCGUCUGCCGUCGCGAACACCAACCCCAUGAAAACAUGGCUCCUCCGCGGUCCCCAGGUCCCCUCGCUCCUCCGCACGCUCGGGGACAUGCUCAACCCCGCCGCAGCCCUUCUAGCCGAGCUUAACGCGCUCCGGCUGAAGCGCUCGCUUGACCCGCUCGAGCAGCAAUACACCCCGCUGAAGGCGGCGGACCUGUGGGCGAGUGCGCUCGUGCGCGUGCGGCUGCGUGUCGUUGGGAGAGGGCACCCGGAGGAGAUGGGCGUGCUGUAUAAGGUGGAGGAUAGGGAGCUCGUGGAGGCGCUGGGGCGGCCGGAGCCGCCGCCACCUGGGAAGGGGCCCGAGGCGCCGACGGAGGGGCAGGAGAAGGGGAGGGGUGGAGAUGCGGAGAAGGCAAAAGCACAAAGUGGAGGGGAUGAAGAGGAGGAGGACGAGUAUGAUAAGGUGGAGAUGGACGUGGAUUUUGGUGCGGAUGAGGACGGCAGCGACCUACAGGCCAAACACCACAUCCCCCCGCAAGAAUCCAUCAUCGGCUACGUCACCACAGGCAACUUCUCGCUCACCCGCGGGCGCGGGUUCGCCAUUGGCGCAGUGCCCGCGCGCGUGUACGUCGAGCUGCAGCGCCAGGCCCAAAGGCUAAAACAGCCCGGCCCCGUCGCCCUAGUGCGAAACCGCAACGGGCUCGUGACGCGGCCUGUGUUUUUGGAGCUGUUGGAUGCUUAAGGAGACGGAGGAGUGCAUCGAAUUUCUAAUAUGGACGAUAAUGUGGGUAUUGUCAUAACAGACCAAGAUGCAGUGCAAUAAAUUAGGACGUGGCAAUGCUAACGGUGGUCGGUACAAGGUCUCGACGGGAGCUCGAAGAGUUCUGGGUGCGAGUGUAUAUCGUAAACUCUACAAACAUCGUCUCAAUGCUGCGAACCGGAAAGAGGGGAAAUAGAUGAUAUGAUGAGAUACGGUAUUAGAGAGAGAAAAGAGAAAGAGGAAAAGAGCGCGCAUGCCAAGAAGUGAAGCCCGACCGAUGGAUUCGAGUGACGCCUCCGCGAGUAGAGUACUACACGAACUCAAUCAUGGGCACUAUAGAUAUGUAAAAUGCACAGACAUGUACGGGUCUUACAAGCACACAACACAGCCAACCGCCCCAACCAACAGCACCACCAGCACCAUCACCAGCACCGUCACGACAACGUCCACUUGCUCACCGCCGCCUGCACAAGCCUGACCAUCUCGUCCUUGGCCUGCUUCUUCGCGCUGUCCGUGAUGCCCACGAGCGCGUCCAGCGCGCGCGGGCUCGUCGUGAGCGGGUCGAACUCGAGGACGUGCCCGUCUUUCGUGGGUAUCGCGACGAUCGCGCGCGCGCUCUGCAGGAACGAGGCGGCCGAGGGCGGGCGCGGGGGAUCUUGUGCGGUGUGCCCGUCGUUCGACGAGUCCGAUGUGCGGCUCGAGGUCGUAAGCGCGCCGGAGGGCACGUGCGAGCCGCCGCUAGAUGAGGACGUCAGAGAGGUGACGGAGGGGUCGCGCCGCACGGUGAUGCCGCUGUUGGCUUUCUUGAGGUUGCGGCUCUUGGGCCUGUUGCUCGCCUGGCUCUGCGUUCUUUGUGGAUUCGGGUGCUCUGCCGAGGGCAACAGCCCCGUUUCGCCCUCGGCGCCGUCCCCAUCCCCGUCCGAAUCGGAGGGAUCGUCCGCGGCGCCUGCGAACCACCCCAACCCGAGUGUGUAUGGGUUCGCGAGCGGGGAGCCGUUGACGGAGAGCAUGUUCUCGUCUCUUC